AUGGUUAGAAACAUUGUCAUCCUCUCCGGGAACUCGCACCCAGCCCUCUCAGAGUCUGUGUGCAAUAUGCUUGGAAUCCCCCCCGGGAAUCGUAUAUUGAGCAAAUUUUCAGUCGGCGAGACCCGCUGCGAGAUUCAGGACUCUGUGAGAGGCAAGGAUGUUUUCAUCAUCCAAUCUGGAGGCGGUUCCGUGAAUGACCACCUAAUAGAGCUUUGCAUCAUGAUAUCUGCCUGUAAAACAGGCUCGGCAAAGCGUGUCACAGCCGUGCUUCCAUUAUUUCCCUACUCGCGACAACCCGAUCUGCCUUAUAAUAAGGUUGGGGCACCUCUGUCGAAACCUCCAACUGAAGUCCCCAAGGACAAGUAUACGUUUGAGAGCGUCCCAGCCACGCCCGCACCUGGAAUCAUCAAGAGCGCUAGUUUUGGCAAGGAGACCGACCUUGCUAGGGUUAUGAACAAAACUUCUCUUUCUAACGGCGUCACGAAUGGUCUACCUCGUACUAAUAGUGAGAACUAUUUUAACGGUAACGGGAGCACGAAUGGAGACAUUCCCUCGGCUCAGAACUACCUCACGCAUUCGCGUACAGGAAGCUACACUACUCACGACUAUGAGAACCCCGCGCUUAUCUCUACCUUUCAGGCCAAGCCUGGAUAUAAGAGAUGGGUUGCGCAGGCUGGAACUCUGGUGGCAGAUCUAUUGACCUGUGCCGGUGCGGACCACGUUGUUGCUCUGGAUCUUCAUGAUCCUCAAUACCAGGGCUUUUUCGACAUUCCCAUGGACAAUUUGUACGGUCGACCCCUGCUGAAGCGAUAUAUCCAGCAGAAUAUUCCCGACUAUAAGGAAGCCGUGAUUGUGAGUCCGGAUGCCGGUGGCGCGAAAAGAGCCACUGCCAUCGCUGAUAGCUUGGGCAUGGACUUUGCCCUCAUCCAUAAGGAACGACGGCCAACGCGGAUCACGGACCGACAAAAUGCGACGAUGAUGCUUGUGGGAAAUGUUGCCAACCGAGUUUGUAUACUGGUUGAUGAUUUGGCCGAUACCGCCAACACUAUUACACGUGCCGCAAAGCUCGUGCGCAAGGAGGGAGCUACAGCAGUCUACGCGCUCCUCACCCAUGGCGUAUUCAGUGGUGACGCCAUCGCGCGCAUAAAUGCUUCAGCUAUUGAUAAGGCGAUCGUGACCAAUUCGGUUCCUCAGGACGAGCACAAGAGGCUAUGCCCUAAGCUCGAAGUACUAGACGUGGCACCUAUAUUUGCCGAGGCCAUCCGUCGAAUCCACCACGGUGAAUCCAUCAGCGUCUUGUUUCAGUAUGACUGA